CCGGGCUCGGUCCGUUGGGGCUCACAGGUAGUGACUGAGCCUCUAAUGACAGAGCUCCCUGGAUCGGUCCUGGUCCCAGAGCAGCGGCUGCAGGAUGGCUCCGGUGGCACUGAUGUCUUUGCUCCUCGUGGGAGCCCUGGCUCAGCACAGGACCGAGUGGACAUACUCAGGGGGGGCGCUGGAUGAGGAGCACUGGCCCAGGGAGCACCCUGCCUGCGGGGGGAAGCGACAGUCGCCCAUCAACCUGCAGAGGAAGAAGGUGCAGUACAACCCCUCCCUGAAGCCUCUGAACCUGACUGGCUACGAGGCCCAGGGGGUUGAGUUCCCCGUAACCAACACCGGCCACUCAGUGCAGAUCAGCCUGCCCCCCACCAUGCGCAUGACAGCCCCCGACGGCACGGAGUACGUGGCCCUGCAGAUGCACUUCCACUGGGGCAGCGUGCCCUUCGGCAUCAGCGGCUCCGAGCACACCGUCGACGGGCUCAGAUACGUGGCAGAGAUUCACGUGGUCCACUACAAUUCUAAAUACGGCAGCUACGACCUUGCCAAGAGCGCCCCCGACGGCCUGGCGGUGCUGGCAGCCCUGGUGGAGGUCAAGGAGUACUCCGAAAACACUUACUACAGCGACCUCCUUUCUCACCUGAAGAACGUCACGAAUUCAGGAGAAAGCACAGUUCUAAGUGGUCUUCACAUCCAGGACAUGCUGCCCCAAAACCUCCAGGACUACUACACCUACCAGGGCUCACUCACCACUCCUCCCUGUACUGAGAACGUCCAGUGGUUCCUGCUGGCGGACACGGUCCCUCUCUCCAGGGCACAGAUCGGGAAGCUCGAGGCCUCCUUACUGAACCACCAGCACAAGGUCAUGCAGAACAAUUACCGCAGGACCCAGCCCCUGGGCGGCAGAGUGGUGGAAGCCAACUUCAAGUAUCAGCCUAAUCCUGAAAGGGGAGGAGGGUCAUCUCAGCAGCAGGAGGCUCCUUGCAGACCAAUCCGCCCAGGGCCUGGCCAAGGGGAUGACUCACUUUCCCAGUCCGGGCAGCGAUGCUAGUGAGUAGAACGGAGG